AUGCAGCUCAAGAACUCCAUGCUCCUGCUGGCCGCUCUGACGGCUGGCUCCGCUACUGCUCGCCUGCACGGCCAUGAACGCCGUCACCACCACAACGACAAGCGUGACGUCGGCGAUGUCGUCGUCGCUACUAUCGACGGUCAACAGGUCUCCUGGAUCAACGAGUGGUCCGGUGUCGCCGCUACCACUGUCUCUGAGGCAGCCACUACUCAGGUGUCUGUCGAAGCUGCCGCUACUGUCUCCGUGGCCGCCUCCGUCGUUGCUUCCGUCUCGGCGGUUCCUUCUGCUUCCAGCUCUUCCGGCGCAGCCACUGCUAGUGGAUCCUGCUCGAGCUGGACCGACACCCUCUCGUCCGGCGAUUACUCUCGUGCCGGCUUUGGCAAGUCCACGGUCAGCAAGCGCACCACCAACGCCAUCUACUACACCGGCAAUGUCGGCAGCCCUUGGGGUAGCAACAUCAUCGAAGUCGACGCCUCGAACGCCUGCCAGUACAAGCACGUCGUCCGCAUUGACGGCGCUGAGAACGACGACUGGACCGUCGUCUUCUGGAACAAGAUCGGACCCGAUGGAGGUCUGAACGGCUGGUACGGCAACUCUGCUCUGACCCUGACCAUCAAGCCCGGUACCUCUCGCUACGUCGCCUUCGACGAUGACUCCCAGGGUGGCUGGGGUGCUGCCAAGGGUGACAAGCUCCCCACCGACGAGUACGGCGGUUACUCCUGCACCUGGGGUGAAUUCGACUUCGGUAACACUAGCAACGAAGGCUGGUCCGGCUGGGACGUGUCUGCCAUCCAGGCCCAGAACGCCAAGCAGGAGAUUCAGGGUAUGAAGAUCUGCGACCACCAGGGCAGUGGAUGCUCCAGUAUCUCCAAGUCGGCCACCAGCGUCAUCAACGCCUACACGGCUGCCCUUGCUGCUGCCGAUGGCAUCGGUGGUUCCCUGUCCUCCGGCCCCGUCCGUCUCCAGGUCACCAUCGACUUCGAGUAG